CGGUCACUUCGAUUCCAAAACAAACUUAAUUUCACGAGUUUUUAAAAUAAAUUUUAGAAAUAAGCCAAAAUGUCGCUCGCCGAUGAGCUUUUAGCCGAUCUCGAGGAAGACAAUGACAAUGAGCUGGAGGAGGAGGAUGCGGAAAUGGCCACUGCCGAGGACGAAAGCUUGCUGGCGGAGAAGCUGGCCAAGCCGGCUCCCAAUCUGAUGGACGUGGAUGUAACCGUGCAGUCGGUGCGGGAACUUUGCAAGCUGCGUGACUCGGAGCGCCUCAGGAACACGCUGCAGCAGAUCGAGCACUAUGCCAGUCGCCAAAGAACCGCAGCCGAAAUGCUGGGAUCCGUGGAAUCCGAUCCUGAAUACUGUCUGAUCGUGGACGCGAAUGCCAUAGCCGUGGACAUUGACAACGAGAUCUCCAUUGUGCACAAGUUCACCAAGGAGAAGUACCAGAAGCGGUUCCCCGAACUGGACUCCCUGAUCGUGGGCGAAAUUGAGUACUUGCUGGCGGUCAAGGAGCUGGGCAAUGACCUGGACCAGGUCAAGAACAACGAGAAGCUGCAGGCCAUCCUCACACAGGCCACCAUUAUGAUUGUAUCAGUCACAGCGUCCACCACACAGGGAACCAUGUUGACACCAGCGGAGAAGGCCAAGAUCGACGAGGCCUGUGAAAUGGCCAUCGAGCUGAACAACUUCAAGUCCAAGAUCUACGAGUAUGUAGAGAGUCGCAUGACCUUCAUAGCCCCAAAUCUUUCCAUGAUCGUUGGAGCAUCGACGGCAGCUAAACUAUUGGGCAUUGCUGGUGGUCUUUCCAAACUGUCCAAAAUGCCGGCCUGCAAUGUUCAGGUGUUGGGCGCACAGAAGAAAACCCUGUCGGGCUUCUCACAAACGCAGAUGCUGCCGCACACUGGCUACGUGUACUACUCUCAGAUUGUUCAGGAUACUGCGCCAGAUCUGCGACGCAAGGCAGCUCGCUUGGUGGCCGCCAAGUCCGUGCUGGCUGCUCGUGUGGAUGCCUGUCAUGAGAGUGUCCACGGCGAGAUUGGACUGCGCUUCAAGGAGGAUGUGGAAAAGAAACUGGACAAGCUGCAGGAGCCGCCGCCGGUGAAGUUCAUAAAGCCGCUGCCCAAACCAAUCGAGGGAAGCAAGAAAAAGCGAGGAGGCAAACGCGUGCGCAAGAUGAAGGAGCGAUAUGCGCUAACGGAGUUCCGCAAACAAGCAAACCGCAUGAAUUUCGGAGACAUCGAGGAGGAUGCCUACCAAGGAGAUCUGGGCUACUCCCGAGGCACUAUCGGCAAAACUGGCACUGGCCGCAUCCGAUUGCCCCAGGUGGAUGAGAAGACCAAGGUGCGCAUCAGCAAGACGUUGCACAAGAACCUCCAGAAGCAGCAGGUGUAUGGCGGAAACACCACGGUCAAACGGCAAAUCUCCGGAACAGCCUCCAGUGUGGCCUUUACGCCACUGCAAGGUCUGGAGAUUGUGAAUCCCCAGGCGGCGGAACGUUCGCAGACGGAAGCCAAUGCCAAAUACUUUUCAAACACCUCCGGAUUCCUGUCAGUGGGACAGCGAACCACCUAAAGGAACAGCUCUGUCCUUAUUUUCUAUAAAAUUAAGCACUUUUAUUUGGAGAUUUGUCGAAUGUAUAUUGAGUUAGGCGUAGUAAAGCUGCACAAGAGAUUCAAA